AUGCAGCUCUUUAACACUAUCUUCUCAGCACUCAUGCUCGCCGGAGCUGCCAUCGCAGCAUCUGAUGUGACUGUCCACGUCGUCCAAGUCGGCGCCAACGGCUCCCUUACUUUUUCGCCAGACAGUAUCCAGGCCAACCCCGGAGAAGUCGUUCAGUUCCAGUUUAUGGCAAAGAACCACUCCGUCGUCCAGUCAGCCUUCAGCUCUCCCUGCGUACCUAUCAACAGUGUCAUGUCAAACGUCACCGGCUUCCGCUCCGGUUUCAUGCCCGUCACAAACACUAUCCCCGUCUUUUCGAUCAUGGUCAAUGACACAAAGCCCAUUUGGGCCCACUGCAGCCAGACGGGACAUUGUGCAAAGGGUAUGGUCUUUGCUAUCAAUGCUGCUACAAAUGGAAGCAAGACGUUCGAAGCAUACCAGGCUUUGGCUUUGAAUUCUACUAACUCUACCUCGACUACCUCUACUGGUUCGACUGGAAGUUCAAGUGGAACUGCCAGCGGUUCUGCUGCGGCCGCGACGACGAGUGUUCCUACGGCUGGUGAGGGUGCAAAGCCAAUUGUCAACAUGGCAUUGCUUAUGCUUGUUGGUGUCUUUGGAUUGUUCUUCGUUGGGCUAUAG